UUGCCUAAACUAUGUUGUGCAACACACCAAAAUACUGUCUGCACCCCGCUGAGUGAAGUCACCACGGUCACUAGUAACUCCGCCCACCAAACUUUUCUUUUUUGCUUCGAGAAAGCAUCUGAUAUUGAACUGUUCUUGAAGACGAAUGCGGAAUUGGGCCGAAACGGAUAUUGUAGCUGUGUUAAACGUUAAAAAUGUUUCAGCGAAAGAACAGGAGAUACACUAAGAUAUUCCAGUUUGCAUCGUAAUAUGCUGAAAGUGGAUUUGAAGUGACUCGCCGAUAAGCUGUUCGUCAUUCGCUCGUCGCUCGAUUAUGUGGCCUCGUGGGACCCCAUGCGUGUUAGCUUGAAGCGGCAGGGCAGUGUUGUAGAUGCCAGAGAAGAAGAGAGUGAGCAGCCCAGGGAGCGCCCACCGUCUGACAUCGUUCAGGUUUUAGUCGCUGGUUCCCGAUAGGCUUCAAGUUCACUCAUUCAGAAAACAUGAGCCAGAAAUCAGAGCGCAGAGGGAUUCAUGUGGACCAGUCUGAACUGCUUUGCAAGAAAGGAUGUGGGUACUACGGGAAUCCUGCCUGGCAAGGUUUCUGUUCAAAAUGUUGGCGUGAAGAGUACCAGCGUGCUCGGCAGAAGCAGAUUCAGGAGGACUGGGCACUUGCCGAAAGACUGCAAAGAGAGGAGGAAGCAGCCUAUGCCAGCAGUCAGGGAGCACAGACUCAGCCAACCCUUGCCCCUUUUUCAAAAUUUGAAGACAAGAAGACAAAUGUAACAACUCGUAAAGUGACUACAGUCAAGAAGUUUUUCAGCCCCUCAUCGCGAGCUGCCCCCAAAAAAGAGACCCAGGAGGCAAAAGCGCCAAGUCCAUCUAUCAGUCGACAGUCCAGUGUGGAAACAGACAAGGUUUCUCGUGACUUUAUUGACUUCCUGAAAAACCUGCAAAAGCCUGGCCGGGACAUACAUAAGCAGUGUCGUAUUUUCCUUGAAACAAUGGCUAAUAAGAAGGAAGUGAGUGCAGAAGAGCAAUCUGAGUAUGUACAAGAUUUCUAUCAGAAUGUGGCAGAGAAGCUUCAGGUGCAUUUUAAAGGUUCUUCAGAACGUGUGGAACGGGUUAUGGAUCAAGUUGAAAAAUACAUCAUGACACGUCUGUACAAAAGUGUGUUCUGCCCUGAAACCACAGAUGAUGAAAAGAAAGAUCUGGCAGUGCAGAAACGCAUCAGGGCUCUGCACUGGGUUACGCUGCAGAUGUUGUGUGUGCCAGUCAAUGAAGAUAUUCCUGAAGUAUCAGAUAUUUUGGUGAAGGCUAUUACAGAUAUAAUUGAGAUGGACUCGAAGCGUGUGCCCAGAGACAAGCUGGCCUGCAUCACAAAGUGCAGCAAGCACAUCUUCAAUGCCAUCAAGAUCACAAAGAAGGAACCCGCCUCAGCCGAUGACUUUCUACCAACCCUUAUCUAUAUAGUGCUGAAGGCAAACCCUCCUCGCCUGCAGUCCAACAUUCAAUAUAUCACAAGAUUUUGCAACCCAAGUCGACUCAUGACAGGAGAAGAUGGUUACUACUUCACAAACCUGUGUUGUGCUGUUGCCUUCAUCGAGAAACUGGAUGCCCAGUCCCUCAAUCUGAGCCCUGAGGAUUUUGAACGCUACAUGUCUGGACAGGCAUCACCACGCAGGCAGGACCAAGAUGGCUACCCGAGUCAUGUGAACAACAGUCCAAGUUUGGGUCAGGCUUACCAGAACCUUGAGCGGCUCUCUGGGUUGGGCGAACGACAAGAGCGAGUGCUAGAGGGGGCACGCCGGCUUGAAAGAGACCUUAUCGAAUGGAGUGAUGGAGUGGCUAGGGAAGUGCAAGACAUUCUGGACAAGUACCCUCUGGAAAUCUGUCACCCAGCAUCAGCCAUUGACUCUGAUAAUGUGGAGAAUGAUCGAUUGCCACCCCCUCUCCAACCUCAGGUCUUCGCUGGCUAGGAUCUGCUGCCCACCGGCAUAUUCAUUUGGUCUUUCCCAGCACUCCUUGUCUGGACAGUCCUUAAAAAGACUUUAGCUGACAAAGCUUGCCUGUGACUCUGACAUGUCACAGCCCCCUCUGUCUUAGUUGAGAACACUUCUACCAAGAGACUCAUUAUUAUGGUGCUGCAAUUGGUUUAUUUUUUUUUCUUUUCUUAAAGACUCUGUUACUUUAUAGGAAGAAAUGCUAAGUUAUUUAAUGCAUUAAUUAUCUUGAAAAAGAAACAGUUGGUGAAAGUCUGCACUAAUAAUGUCGUACUCUUCCACAAUGCAGGCCAAGGAGGGACAGAGAAAUGGCAAAAGCUGGUUUAAAGACGACUUACUGGUCAUUUUGAAAACGGUACAGUAAUGAGAAGCGUCGCAUGUGGCUGACUGCACUUUAAAAUGGCUGAAAUCAGCAAUUUCACUUCUGCACUCUACUGAAGCAGUCUGUAAAAGAUUACAUGUGUCUUGCUGUUUAUGUUUAGGGGUCUUCGGGGAAUUGAAUCAUUGAAACAAGUGGAAGGCACAUAUAUAUACAUAUACAUAUACAUGUAUUUAUAUAUGUAUAUAUAUAUAUAUAUGUGUGUGUGUGUGUGUAUGCACGCGUGUGCAGCCUUACAUUCAAGAAUAUUGGUCAGUCUAUGUGUUUAGGAUCUGCCUGAAGGUCUUAUCAGUGAGUCCAGGCCUUCAGGUCCAAUAAGAUAGGAUUUCAAAAUAAGUCUUGAAACAUUAUCAUGGAAAGAAAGAUGGCAAAUUAGUUUUUAGCUCUUUGGAAUACUUGAUUGUUGAACUGAGGCUUGUAAUCUAUGCAAAAUGACGGCAGUUGAACAUUUUCCAGUGUUUGGUUAAAUGUAGUUGUCCCGGACAGUUCUGACAAUAUCACUGGCCUUUGGUGUCCAGCAGUGCUGAGUACCUGGCAUCAGAACCUACACCUUGGCAUUAGUUAAAGUAGUAGAUGUGCAUCCCCACACGUACAACAGCAUUGCAGUGUGGCUUUGUUAGGGAAUAAUGAUCCCCUCUUUAUGCCAUAGGUGUCCUACAACCAGGCUGGUCACCUAAGGUGUGGUGCUCUGUCACCAGCAACCAAAGAAUCCUGUAUACGCUCCACGCUGACACAGAGUGAACCCCAACUUUAAAUAAGUGAAACAGAACUCCAGAGAUGAUUCUUGUCACAUUUUGGAGUUUAAUCAGUUACAGUCUAUUCCAGUUAUUCCAAAACCUACCAACUUAAAAUCUGUUUUUUUCCAAGCUAGCAUCAUUGCUUCUUGAAACAGUAUUCCUGUAAGUGUAAUUGCUUGACCUAAACCGUUAUCCACAUUUUAGUUUCAUGGAACUUUUUUAGAACUGUAGGUUACAUUGUAGAAAAGCAGGAAAACUAAAAACAAAUAGUAUGCAUAUAAUGUUUAAUUGGAUAUCAAACCUUUAAAAACAAUGCAGCAAUCCAUUUUUAUGCUAUCCAAAUGGGAGAUGAAGCUUUUUUAGUGCAGGACCUGUCGUAUCAUAUCUGGUGAAUGGAACUGGCCCACGCAAACACUGACCUGUGAAGUCGGACUUGUGGAACAUUCAUGGAGAAUGUUAAGGUCAGGUACAGAUAACCCACACUAAAUCCAGCUGAGCCAACAGCUCUGUAAAAAUGUAUAUUGUUUUCCCAUUACCGGUAUAUCUUUACCUGUAUGGUUUAUAAUCAACUACACUAUUUAUAAGUUGAUGUUUUAAAGUGGGUGAGUUUGUUUUAUUUAAUUUUUCCUUCAAUAAAGAAAAGCCUGGACUUCCA